AUGGCCACUCUUGAAGACCACCAGAAGUUCGUCCGCAACGUCAAGCUCGCCAUCCCGCCUCCGCCGGCCUCGACUGGCGUGGGGCACGGCGGAGCGGCCGCUGCUGCUGCUGCAGAUGAAGACACGGCUGCAGUUGUCGACAGCUCCGCGAUCUCGUUCGUCGGCAACCUGUCCGGACAGCAGAAGUCCGAUGUGAUGAACUCGUCGCUGUUCGCACAGUGGGCGGCGAACGCGCAGUACGACCGUAACAAGAAGGACCAGGCCAUCAAGUGGUACGAAGUGUACAGGAACACGCUCGAGAACGUCGGCUGGAUUGUUCAGAGCUUCAGUUUCAUCGAUCUCGCCAAUGCGAGCAGCUAUGGCACGGUCGACAAGGCGAUCAUCUCGAUCAUGCAGGCGUUCCUCACUCCGACGCUCGUCGAGGCGUUCCAGGCGAUGAUCGAUGCCCUCAAGCGUCCCGACACUGAGGGCGCGUACACGCUGUUCAAGUCGCACUCCUGGGAGGACACCAGAGCCGACUUCCAGUCGGGCGUGUGUGUCCGCGAUGUUGGCUCGAACGUGAUGUGGCGCAUUGGGGCCUACAACUACGAGACUUCCGGAUUUGACGGAGACAUCCUCUUCUUCCACUUCGGUGCCGACUCGGUUGCGUUCCAGUACAACACUCAGGACAUGGUGCUUAACGAAGAGAUAUACGCGAAGGUGAGGCAGGACAUCGUCGACAGGCUUGGCGACCACGCGCAGGACUUUGUCAAGAACGUCCCUCUCAAGCCGCCCACUCGCAAGUGGUAA